UUUUUGCGACACAGGAGCAGUGCGCCUUCUCGCUCUCUCCGAUACACCAACAACGGGAUAAUCUUCUGCUCUGGCGCUGAAAACGCCCAGCAUAGACAUGGCUCCUGAAGAGCAGGUCCAGACAAGAUAUAAGUUUGGUAGUAAUAAGCUAGCACUUCCCUCCUUUUCCACUCCCUAUCCUCACCAUUCUAUCCAUCAUGCGUGGAGUCGUCGCUUUUGCUGGGCUUGCCAGUCUUUUCGCCAUUCCCUCCUCACUAGCUCAGGAUAUCGAUUUUGAUGGCAUCGACGCUGCUCCGGACCCAGUCGUUGUGACUCCAGCCGUCGCCGUGGCUUCUCAGACUGUCAGCGUUGCUCCUGUUGCUCAACAGGCAUCUGCCGCGGCUGCCAGUGUCACCAUCGCUCUCGACAAUGGAGCCUCGUCUCUAGAAAGUACACCUGCUCCUGUUGAGAAGCGCAGUGUUCCGUACAAACGUGAUGGCACAUGCGCUGCACAACCCUCAGGAUCCGGUUAUGUGCCCAUACCAGAUACACCACAGAAUUUUCUGGCAGACAGUGGUGUUUGGGGUGAUUCAUUGACUGCACCGCUGCCGGAUGGCUACUCAUUAAUAUUCUCCAACCUGACUGGUUCUUUGAGUGCCAGCAACUAUAUGGGCCUUUACACACUCAGAAGCUACGACACCAACGCGUGUGCUGGUUACUGCAAGAAGGCCUCCGGCUGCGUGUCAUUCAAUGUCUACGUGGAACGAGACCCUACACUUGAUCCUAACACCAAUAAUUGUCCAACACCACCCAGCACCUCAAACUUCAGAUGCACCCUGUGGGGCACGCCGGUCACUGCCAAACAAGCAACCAACAAAGGUCAAUGGCGAGCGAAAUUCCAGGUCCUCAUCGCAGGCUCCAACGCCUACAGCAAAGUUGCAGCCCCAGCACCAGUUGCCCCAACAGACCCUUUGACCCAGUUUACCGCUUCAGAUCCGCUCAAAGGUGCCAUGAAUGCACCUCUUGACAGCAAUGGUCAUAAUACGUAUAUGGGCUAUACCUACUAUCCGUUUUCUCAAUCCCAGGGUUAUACUCCAUCGACUUGUGCAGCAGCAUGUCUCGCUCAAACUGCCUAUGACAAAGCGCAUCCGGCUGCUGAUGGCUCAUUCAUGGCUUGUCUUUUCUUCAAUGCUUAUGUGUUGAACAUCAAUGGAGUUCCUCAGGGACUUUAUUGCUCAAACUACAACACUACUUGGAGCUCUGCUUAUGCGUAAGUAUGGUUGCCAGAGAGAGGGGAUUAGUCCAUACUAACGUUUUC